AUGAUCCUCCACACGACUGCACAAGAAGAGGCGGAGCGGCGUCAGGAGGAAGAAAGACAAGCGCGAGAAGACGAGAGAAAAGCGCGAGAAGAAGCGGAACGACAUGUGCAGCCGAACACACUGUUCACCCUUCUCGAUCGCUGCCACAAUUCUCUAUCUCAAGCGAUCCGAGUUGAGACGGAUGCAACUCUUACGACUCAGGGCGACGCGACCAACCCAGUGAACCGACUUUACCCUAAGCGCAUAGUCCCUUGGCUUGGCUUCCCUCAACUCCAAGAGCAAGUCUGGAGGAAACUUGACCGCACGGGUGCCUUCACCUCGCGCCCCCUCUUCCCUUCUGAUACCCAAAUAGAUUAUGUCGUUACGAAUACGCAGAACCGGCCGAUUUACUCGGAAGCAUCUCUUCGGAAUUUUGAGCGAGACACGGUGGAUAACUUUGUCGAAAUGGUCAUUAAGGCAUUGCAAGAUGAUGAAUGCCUUCGACAAGAGUUUGGAAUCCAGGGCCGAGUCACCUUCUAUGACCGCUCGAACCCAUCGGAAACUUCACUGGAGAACAGCUUGGAGCAAAUGAAUCUUCAGGAUGCACGGACACCUCAACGACCAGCGAACGCCAGGCAUGGGAGAGGAAGGGGGAGAGGAGCGGCGCAGAGGCAGAAGAGAGCUGGCACUGCACGAAGGCGCAAUCGGCGCGCCGACCAGUUCUGCGUGCACAGUGUGGCCAACGAGCGACACAAACCAGUGUAUGUAGUGGAGUUCAAAGCGCCGCACAAGGUGACGAUCUCCGAAUUGGUGGCGGGUCUACAUCAGAUAGAUCUGGCUCACGAUAUCAUCGACCAGGAAGGCGACACAUUCGAAUUUUAUGCCACACGCCUCAUCGCCGCCGUGGUCACUCAAAUAUUCUCAUACAUGAUCGACAGUGGGGUUCGGUACGGCUACAUCUGCACAGGGGAGGCUUUUGUUUUCCUCCGUAUUCCGAAGGAUGAUCCCACAAUUGUUCAAUAUUUCUUGUGUAUCCCAAAUCAAGACGUGCAGGCGGACGAUGAAUUGCGCCUCCACCGGACCGCCAUCGGCCAGGUGCUUGCGUUCACACUUCAAGCGCUGGCCGCCGAAGCUCCGCCUCAAGAGUGGCACGAUGCAGCACACGAUAAGCUAACGACCUGGAAGGUUGAAUAUCUAGACGUGUUGAGAGAAAUUCCCGAAACGCUUCGUAGAGACCCGCGAGCCUCCAAUUAUCGACCCUCGCACUGGAAACUAGAGCCGAAGACACACAAUACACGAUCCCAUGCUCGCUGUCAACCAGGCAUAUCCACUCCGAAGCACUCGUCGACUGAAGGCAGUAGAAGUGAUCAAGAAUCGCAUUCGCCAUCCGCCGCAGCAGCCUCGCGUAGCCAAUCGAGCCGUGGCCGAAGCAGGCUUCUAUCAGGUAGAGGAAGCGAAUGGACACAAGCCGACCGGAACAAUAAACAGACUUCUCAAAAAGAUGGGCAAUCUACGCGACCAUAUUGCACCAUUGCCUGCAUCCGCGGUAUGGUCAACCGAGAUUUUCUGGAUAAAGAAUGCCCCAACUGGAAACUCCACGGUGGCCAGAGACACUCCGUGGGACCGCAGGAGUUCACACGCCAGCUUCACCGUCAACUUUCCCGAAACCGAAACCAUGGGUUUGAACAACUUCACGUCUGUGGUCGGACGGGUUACCUCAUCAAAGCGACUCUUCUAUCACACGGAUACACUGUGAUAAUCAAGGCUACCACGGCGGACAAGCAGCAUCUCAUUAAAGCAGAGGCAGACAAUUAUCGUUCUCUCAGGAGCCUGCAGGGAAAACAGAUUCCCGUCUGUCUUGGGACAUUUACGCCACGAGUCUCAUAUUGGUACCAUGGCGAAUUAAUGGCGCAGAUGAUGAUACUAAACUGGGCUGGAAAACGGCUUCAGCAUGUCAUCAGCGAUGAGAAUUCCAGAUUCUUUCACCAGGAGCGCGACAAAGCUCUGACCGUGCUCCGGUCGCAUGGAGUUGUCCAUGGCGACAGUGAGUGGCGCAAUAUGCUGUGGGAUGACCUGGGAGUUUGUUUGUUUGUCAUUGACCUGGAGGAAGUGAAAUGGGUAAAGCGCCCUCGGGCUCUUGAACCAACCUCUGGCAACAUGCGGCAUGGUCAUCGCGUCGGGGUGGGGAAGAGCAGAACAAAGCUCCUGUCUAGCUCAACUGCUGUCUGCUCAUGA